AUGUCUGAACAUCUCAAAAAUCAUAGUCAAGACCAUGAACUAGCAGUGCCUCAAAAGUUAAAAAAGUAUAAACCAUCAACAUCAUUUGGUAAUUUAUCUACUGAAACAAGUCAAGACCAGGAACUAGUGCCUCAACAGUUAAAGCAUUCUAAAGCUAAACAAACAACAUUGUUUAGUAAUUUAUCUGCUGAAACAAGUCAAGAUUAUGAACUUGUGCCUCGGCCACAACAGUUAAAAAAGUAUAAGCCAAACCCAUUGUUUGAUAGUUUGUCUGAUGAAACAAGUCAAGAUUAUGAACUUGUGCCUCGGCCACAACAGUUAAAAAAGUAUAAGCCAAACCCAUUGUUUGAUAGUUUGUCUGAUGAAACAAGUCAAGACCAUGAACUAGCAGUGCCUCAAAAGUUAAAAAAGUAUAAACCAACAACGUCAUUUGGUAAUUUAUCUACUGAAACAAGUCAAGACCAAGAACUAUUGCCUCAACAGUUGGAACAUUCUAAAGCUAAACCAACAACAUUGUUUAAUAACUUAUCAGAUGAAACAAGGUAA